AUGGCUCUUUCAAACGAGGAGAGACUCGGUCUCAUCAAGGAGAACCUCGCUGAGGUUCUCAACCCCGAAAUCAUUGAGGGCAUUCUUGCCGAGGGUCGCAACCCCAAGAUCUACUGGGGCACUGCAACCACCGGUCGACCUCACUGCGGUUACCUCGUCCCCGCUGUCAAGAUCGCGCAGUACCUCGCCGCCGGAUGCGAAGUUACCGUCCUCCUCGCCGAUAUCCAUGGCUUCCUCGACAACCUCAAGGCUCCCAUCGAGCUCGUUGAGAAGCGCGCCGAGUACUACAAGUUUGUUGUCGAGUCUAUGUUGAAGUCUUGUGGAGUUUCUACCGACAAGCUGCGCUUCGUCCUCGGCAGCUCUUACCAGAAGACCCCCGACUAUGUCAUGGAUUUGUACAAGUUGUCUUCAGUUGUCUCAGAACACGAUGCCAAGAAGGCUGGCGCCGAGGUUGUCAAGCAGACCGGCAAUGCACCUCUGAGCGGUCUCUUGUACCCUCUGCUGCAGGUGUUGGAUGAGCAGUACCUUGACUGCGAUGUUCAAUUCGGCGGUGUUGACCAAAGGAAGCUGUUCGCUGCUGCUACUGAGUGGCUGCCCAAGCUCGGCUACCGAAAGCGUGCCCAUCUUAUGAACCCCAUGGUUGCCGGUCUUAACGGUAACAAGAUGAGCUCAAGUGACGAGAACAGCAAGAUUGACCUUUUGGACGCCCCCGAGGCAGUGACCAAGAAGAUCCGCAAGGCCGAGUGUGUUCCCAAGGAGGUCGAGGGUAACGGUGUCUUGGCACUUGUAGAGUUUGUCCUACUGCCAGCCUCUGGCUUAAAGAAUGGCACUCGAGAGUUCAAGGUCGAGAGACGGGACGCCGAGCCCCUUGUUUACAGCGACAUUAAGCAAGUUCACGAGGAUUACCAAAAGGAUGUGUUGACACCCCAGACCCUAAAGGCUGCUGUGACGGAAGGAAUCCUUGCCCUGAUGAACCCCAUCCAGGCCGACUACCAGGCCUCGAAGGAGUGGCAAGAGGUCACCGUGAAGGCCUACCCCCCACCCGUGAAGAAGGAGAAGAAGGUCAAGAACCUGGGCACAAGAUUCCCCGGUGCCAAGGGUGGUAAGGGCGGCGAUGCUGCUGAGGUUACCAAGAAGGCUGAGGACCUUACCAUCAAGGACGUGCAGGAGACCCAAGCCAACCCCACGGCCUAA